AUGGGAAGAACCAAGUCUGCCAACAAGCUGUUGUCCAGUGGCCGCCCUCCUACUUUCAAAAAAGCAAAGUCAAUAUCUCGCAAGGAAACCAGAACUCUCAUCAACACUCACCACACUCUGCAGAAAAAGCGCCAACAAGCAUUGGCCCGAAAUGACGAGAAAGAGGCCGCAGCGGUUGCAGCUGAAAUCUCUGCACUCGGCGGGCUCGCGGAGUACCAGCGAGCCAGUCUCCAGGGCCAGAGGGUAGACCGCGGCGGGGACAGCUCAAGGGUCCUCCUGGACUGGUUGCGAUCAGCGCGCUUCCAGCCCUUGAAGUCCAAAGGCAGUCGGGGUGAGGGGAAGGACGAGGGCGGUGCGCAUCGCCGAUUGCGAAUGCUCGAGGUGGGCGCUCUCAGCACCGAUAACGCUUGCUCCAAGAGCGGCUUCUUCGAAAUGACUCUUAUCGACCUCAACAGCCAACGAGCGGGCAUCCUUCAGCAGGACUUCAUGGAACGUCCUCUACCAAUGGACGACUCGGAUCGGUUUGACAUCAUCUCACUCAGCUUGGUGGUCAAUUACGUGCCCGACCACUCUCUUCGCGGUGAGAUGCUUCUCCGCACGCUCUCAUUUCUCCGUCAGCCCGGAGACGAUCUACCGGAUACUACUCGCGCCAUAUUUCCCUCACUAUUUCUGGUCCUCCCCCGAAGCUGUGUAUCAAACUCGCGCUAUUUCUCCCAGAAUCGGCUGGCCGAGAUCAUGAUGGCCUUGGGUUACGUCCAGCUUGAGGCCAAGGUCACGAACAAGCUUGUCUAUUCAUUCUGGAAGAGGGCGAGUGCUCCUAGCAACCCAUUGCCUCCGUUUGUCAAGAAGGAGAUCAAUUCGGGUCUGAAUCGAAACAAUUUCACAAUCACGCUGAAGGGUUCAUGA